AUGAGCGCAGAAAGCGGCGUCAAGACGGCUGUCUCGCCAGUCGAUGCGCAGAAGAUCGGCAGUGUCAAGGCCACAGCAAACCCCGGCGACUUACUGGACUCACUGGACAUUGACUGGAGCACCAGCACUCAAUCUGCUGCGAACUUGCUUUACGCGGCUAGCCAGCUGAAGCAUUCUGAUAUUCCCGUGGCUUUUCCUACCGAGACGGUGUAUGGGCUUGGGGCAGAUGCGACGAGGUCGGCUGCUGUUAGGGGGAUUUAUAAGGCGAAGCAGCGGCCGGUGGAUAAUCCGCUUAUUGUUCACUUCUCAUCGUUGCAGCAACUGCGGGAUCUGCUUAGAUCGGAGGGUGGUACUCAGAGGAAUGGCAUAAGCUCAACUACCAGCGAUGCAGAUUCGAUUCCUAGGAUAUACCAUCCACUUAUCUCGCGCUUCUGGCCCGGACCUCUGACGAUCAUUCUGCCGAACCCACCCAACUCGCCCCUGGCGCCUGAAGUCACUGCCGGGCUCAGUACAUUUGGCGCGCGGAUGCCACGGCAUGUCCUAGCUUUGGCACUCAUACAGAAGGCCGGCGUGCCAGUGGCCGCGCCUUCUGCAAACGCGUCUACGAAACCUUCACCAACAGCAGCAGAGCACGUAGCACACGACCUCGAUGGAAGAAUCGAGACGAUCAUCGACGGCGGACCGUGCGAUGUGGGAGUCGAGAGCACUGUCGUCGAUGGGUUGUCAGAUCCGCCUUUGAUUCUGAGACCGGGUGGUAUCAGCAUUGAACAGCUACGGUCGUGCGCCGGCUGGGAGAAUGUGCAGAUUGGCUACAAGAACUCGGCGGAGGGUGGGAGUCAACCCAAGGCUCCGGGGAUGAAGUAUAGGCAUUACUCUCCUAAAGCUACAGUGGUGCUGUACGAAGCUGGAAAGGCGCCGCCUACGCUUGAGGCUCUGGAGACUUACGUGGCGUCGAGCAGGCGCAUUGGUGUCAUUACAACGAAAAGCUGGGUCGUUGAUGAGUCUACUGGAUCCAUGAGAGCGGAUCGUGGCCAUUCAACGGAGAACCCCAAUGGUGUCCAUACUGAAGAGGACACACCAGGGUUUAGGGGCAUGCUCAAAGCACUGCACAGUACGCCAACCCCACGAGCAGCGAUGAAGUCGCACUCUCUGCAGUUAGGAGGCUCACCACUACAACUACUGGAGAUCUCGCUUGGUCCGAGUACAGCCAAAAUCGCUAGAGGCAUCUUCGCAGCCCUCCGAGAGCUGGAUCGCGAAGACGUCGAUGCCAUCUUUGUCGAGGGCAUUGAUGAGAACGAAGUUAUGAACAGGCUGCGGAAAGCGGCGGAGAUCAAGAUAUCGCCUUGA